AUGGAGAUCCCAAAAACCCUUUUGCUAGUGAUCUCUCUGGUGGCUGCAACUAGUUUCUUCCAAGCCAGGGCAGCUGGUGUUUACUGUAGCAACCCUUACACUCGUUGUUACCGCAGGUACAUUGACUGUCCAGAGGAAUGUCCAAGCACAACGGCUAUGAACUCCAAAAACAAAGUUUGCUACGCCGAUUGCGACAGACCUACUUGCAAAUCCCAAUGCCGCAUGCGGAAACCAAACUGUAACAGACCUGGAUCAGCUUGCUACGACCCGAGGUUCAUAGGAGGAGACGGCAUUGUGUUCUACUUCCAUGGAAAGAGCAAUGAAGAGUUUAGCCUUGUCUCUGACUCUGACCUUCAAAUCAAUGGAAGGUUCAUUGGUCACAGACCCGCUGGUCGCGCCAGAGACUUCACAUGGAUCCAAGCCCUCGGAUUCCUCUUCAACUCCCACAAAUUCUCUCUUGAAGCCUCUAAAUCCGCCACAUGGGACAAUGAAAUCGAUCAUCUCAAAUUCAGCUUCGAUGGCCAAGAUUUAUCUGUCCCGGAAGAAACACUCUCUACUUGGUAUUCACCAAACAAAGACAUCAAGAUUGAGAGAGUGACUACAAGAAACAGCGUGAUCGUGACAAUCAAAGACAAAGCUGAGAUUAUGGUCAAUGUGGUUCCAGUGACGAAAGAAGACGACAGAAUCCACAGCUACAAAGUCCCAUCAGAUGACUGUUUUGCUCAUCUCGAGGUUCAGUUCAGAUUCUUCAACCUUUCACCUAAGGUCGAUGGAAUCUUGGGACGAACCUACAAACCGGAUUUCCAGAAUCCGGCUAAGCCUGGAGUCGCGAUGCCCGUUCUUGGUGGUGAGGACAGCUUCAAGACUUCUUCUCUCCUCGUCAGUGACUGUAAAACUUGCAUCUUCUCUGAAUCACCACUGGAAGAGAUGGAUAUUGUUAAGUCAGAGACUGAGUAUGCAACACUUGACUGUACCCGUGGAGCCUCUUCUGGAAACGGAAUCGUCUGCAGGAAGUAA